AUGGAAGAUGAUGACGACAAAACUUGGGUCAGAAGUCCUCCAGACACUUGUUGUCCACCAUCGACCGUUUUUGGUGUCACCACAUCUCCGUUGCCUAGUACUUUUGAUCUUCUAACUCCUCCUUCUUCGCUGCUGAGCACUCCUUCCAUUUACGUUAUGCUUACUUUAAAGAAAUUCGUAGAAUAUAAUCCAUUAAAAGAUCUUAUUUUCCACGCCUAUGAAUUGACGUUGAUUAAUUUUAAUGGAAAAUCCUUUGUAAAUUAUUGUUCAUAUGUUCCUCAAUAUAUUGGACCUACUAAACAAAAGAAAAAGAUCAUCAGAUUUAGCCGUAACUUGGAACAAGUUCAUUAUACUCCUACCCAUUAUAUAAUACUACCUCCUCCGCCCUCCACUCGGCGUAGGAUGAGUAAUUCGAUCCAUUUAAAAGCAGAUGACAAACUUUACAGAGACCAAGGUAUUAAGAACCAUUCUGACAGUUAUGAUAAAUAUUGGCUUGGGCUAAAGAACAAGUCAAGUCUUUUGGAAAACUUAAUUUGCCCUUCGAUUGUAAAGGAGAUGGUAUUGUGGAGUGAUAUGCCAAUAUUGCUUCCAAUGUCAAAAGAUGUUGUAAAUUGUACGAUUCCAUUUUAUGGAGCAUGGCUGUGUUCUAAAAAUUUUUCUCUCCCACAUGAAACGAAGAAAAGAAAUAACAAGUUAAACAGAUGGAAAAAUACACUCCAAAAAGUCUUAGAGAUUAUUGAAGCUGGUCACUGCUGUAUGGCGUUUCCUAAGGAAGAUUAUUUGCGGGUCACUACA